GGGUUCAAAAUAUUCUUUCUGGUUUUACAUCGUCGAACUGUGAAGCGAUCAGUUGGGAUAGAGUAUUUUCAUUUUUUUACGUUAUUCAUCGUUCCAUAUUCUUGAAUAACUUGAAAUCAUGCCAUCCGUUGAAACGUCUGAAGGGUACAGCAAAUCCAGCGAGUCUUGCGCAGAGAGUGUUGGACAGAAUGGUACAGCAAGCGGGGAUUCAUCGGAUCCAAACCAUCAACAGAUACCCGCAGAUCGUGGUGCGGAGAGUGAUUUAUCGCAAAUUGACCAACCUACAGUCCGCGAGUUUACACAAAAUGAUACCAUCAACAAAUUUCUGUUGAACUCCUUCCUGCAGCGCAUAAAUAAUGCGACCACCGUGGAUGAGUGUAGAGAGGCAAACGAUGAGUCAUUCGGGGACGAGCUGAACCAGGACUUCGAUUCAUAGAGUU